UAAUUUUCCAUAUCACUCCCACCUCCCACCCACACUCUCACCCUCACUGUCGCUAUCAUCUCUCGUCCCUUUUCUUUUUUAAAAGGGGUUUCCCCGCCACGCCAGAAGGAAUUCGCUUGAAUUCUCCUGCCGGAGCCGAACCCUAAUUUCCAGUGAAGCAAGCAGAAUCUUCACAAAAACAACAAAUACAAUAUGCCCAGAGAGAUCAUAACGCUUCAGGUUGGACAAUGUGGGAACCAGAUCGGCAUGGAGUUCUGGAAGCAGCUCUGCCUCGAGCAUGGCAUCAGUAAAGACGGCAUCCUCGAAGACUUCGCUACCCAGGGAGGUGAUCGGAAAGAUGUAUUUUUCUAUCAAGCUGAUGAUCAGCACUACAUACCACGAGCUCUAUUGAUAGACUUGGAGCCAAGAGUUAUCAAUGGAAUUCAGAACAGUGACUACCGAAAUCUCUACAAUCAUGAAAACAUCUUUGUAUCAGAUCAUGGAGGGGGUGCCGGAAACAAUUGGGCCAGUGGAUAUCAUCAGGGAAAGAAUGUUGAAGAAGACAUAAUGGACAUGAUUGACAGGGAGGCAGAUGGCAGUGACAGUCUUGAGGGUUUUGUUCUGUGCCAUUCAAUUGCUGGAGGAACUGGUUCAGGUAUGGGUUCAUAUUUGUUGGAGGCUCUAAAUGAUCGCUACAGCAAAAAGCUGGUUCAGACAUAUAGCGUGUUUCCUAACCAAAUGGAGACAAGUGAUGUGGUGGUCCAACCAUACAAUUCACUUUUGACACUUAAGCGGCUCACACUUAAUGCAGAUUGUGUUGUCGUUCUUGAUAACACUGCACUAAAUAGAAUUGCUGUUGAGCGCCUUCAUCUGUCAAACCCAACUUUUGCACAAACAAAUUCCUUAGUUUCUACUGUGAUGUCUGCUAGUACAACUACUCUUCGUUAUCCAGGAUACAUGAAUAAUGACUUGGUUGGUCUUCUGGCCUCUUUGAUUCCAACACCUAGAUGCCAUUUUCUAAUGACAGGAUAUACGCCUUUGACAGUGGAACGCCAGGCUAAUGUAAUUAGAAAGACCACAGUGCUUGAUGUUAUGAGAAGACUUCUGCAGGCAAAGAAUAUUAUGGUUUCUUCAUAUGCUCGUACAAAAGAUGCUAGCCAAGCAAAAUAUAUUUCAAUUCUCAAUAUCAUUCAAGGAGAGGUUGAUCCAACUCAGGUUCACGAAAGUUUGCAGAGAAUCCGUGAAAGAAAGCUUGUUAACUUUAUUGAAUGGGGUCCUGCAAGUAUACAGGUUGCAUUGUCUAGAAAGUCACCCUAUGUUCAAACUGCACACAGGGUUAGCGGGCUUAUGCUAGCAAGCCAUACAAGCAUCCGGCACCUUUUUAGCAAGUGUUUGAGCCAAUAUGAGAAGUUGAGAAAGAAACAAGCAUUUCUUGACAACUACCGAAAGUUCCCUAUGUUUGCUGAUAAUGACCUGUCAGAAUUUGAUGAAUCGAGGGACGUUAUUGAGAGUUUGGUUGAUGAAUACAAGGCCUGUGAAUCCCCAGAUUACAUCAAAUGGGGGAUGGAGGACCCAAACAAUAUGCUGACUGGAGAAGGCAACGCUUCAGGAGCGCUAGAUCCAAAUCAGUAGUGUAACAUGCCAAGCACAAUUGAUAGAAUGAGAGAAUUGUGUCGAGACUCAAAGGUUUUUGACGAGCUUUUGUAUCAGAUGCUCUGUGGUGCUGUAUCCCAUUUCUUGUACCGCUACCCAUCUGGACAUCCAUACAUGCAAAGACUGAGUACAGGAUCUCACUGUAUUUACAUUGUAAGAGUGCAGAAGUUUGAUUGAUUGCUAGAAUGUAGAGAAUUAGAGGAUCGGAUUUAAUUAUUUGGGUGAUUCUGCUUCUUGUGCGAGUGAAUAUUAGGUUGUUCAAAUUCAGUAGAACGUAUUGUUAGCUGUUUCCCCACGUGGAAAGGUGUAAUACGUCAUCUGGUGUAUAUCUUAACUUGUUAUGAGUCUCCCAAACUGGCAUUUGCUUCCACAAAAGGCGAUUGCUUCCCCACUAUUGCUUGGCUGGUUAUGGAGCAAGUAUAUGACUAGGAAUUAGAAGAAUUUUGUAAGAUUGACAUGCUUGUGUUUUAUGUUAGAACUUGAGUGCUCUCAAAGGGAUAAUCAAUGACUCGAAAAAACAAGUUAAGGUACAUUCAGCACUCGAAAGUGUUUUCUUGAGUACAUUCAGUAUUUUAAAGUAGUUGAUUAUACAA